UUCCCCUCACGCCCGUCGCAGCCAUGGCGGCGGCGGCGGCGGCUGCCGGCGGGCUGGUGGCGGUGCUGCCGGGGCUCUACGUGGGCGGCGCGGAGUCGUGCUCGUGCCCAGAGGCGCUGUCGGCGGCGGGGGUGGUGGCGGUGCUGACGGUGGACGCGGAGGAGCCGCCGGCCGUGCCGGGAGUGCGGGCCAUGCACGUCAGGGCGCGGGACGAGCCCGGCACGGACCUGCUGAGCCGGCUGGACGAAUGCGCCGCGUUCCUGGGCGCGGCGCGGGCGGGCGGCGGGGCCGCGCUCGUCCGCUGCCAUGCCGGGGUGAGCCGCAGCGUGGCCGUGGUCGCCGCCUACCUGAUGAAGACGCAGGGGCUCGGCUGUGAGGAGGCGCUCGCCGCCGUCAGGGCCGCCAAGCCGGACGCAGAGGUGAACCCGGGUUUCCAGGGGCAGCUGAAGCUGUACGAGGCCAUGGGCUGCGCCGUGGACAGCGGCAGCGUCCUCUACAAGCGGUACCGGCUGGAGAUGCUCAGCGAGAGGCUCUCCGAACCUCAAGACUUGCCCCGAGAAGUCUUUGCUGUUGAUCCAACCAGUAUAUGUCAAACUCCAAACACAGAGGUUCUCUACAGGUGCAGGAAAUGCAGACGCGCUCUGUUCCGUAGUUCCAGCAUUUUGUCCCACAUGGAGGGAAGCGGACCAACAGCCUUUGCCCACAAGAGGAUAACGGACUCUGCACGGCUUUGUGGCAAUGGCCAUGAAAAGUGCACCUCUUACUUCAUUGAACCUGUGCAGUGGAUGGAGCCAGCAUUGCUUGGAGUAAUGGAAGGACAGCUUCUGUGUCCCAAAUGUGCAUCGAAGCUGGGCUCUUUCAGCUGGAGGGGUGAGCAGUGUUCCUGUGGCCGCUGGGUGACACCAGCCUUUCAGAUCCACAAAAGCCGAGUGGAUGAAGUGAGGACGCUGCCAGUUGGUAACUUCCAAACUGCCAAAACCUGAACUCAUCACUUCACCUGAUGGAUUUCUUAAUAUCCACAGAGAACUACUGGCUAGUCUGUGGUUGCCAGGAAUGAGCUUGUGACUUCUACCCCUUUGCGAGGUGGUAGAAUUACUUGAACACCUUCAGCUUGCUGUAUCUCUUAAUAUAUUACAUAAAAUGUCAGAACACUCUCUUCAAAGAGGUGUUACAUACUGGUCAAUGUACAAAAAUGCCCAAAUGUGAUGCUUUUAGUAUAUCCUUAAUUUAUCUGUUGCUGUUUACAGAAGGCCUCAACUCCUUAUUUAAAAGGAGUUGCUGUGGGGGGCAGUGCUGCUCGUCUUCUGAUCCCAAAGCUCCAAUUGGUUUAUCUGAAACACACAGCUGAUAUUUUAGGGGGUAUAUUCCACAGCAUGAGGUAUACAGCAGGGAAAGAUUUUAAGGCUUAGCUAAGUACCAUAAAGUGGUUCAAUUGCAAUUGUUGCAUUAGCGUGCAUGGCAGGUACUAGCAGCAAAAGGCAAGCUUACAGUUACACCUUUAUUGUAAUAAAAGUAAUCCUAAAAA